AUGAGCUGUCUGUACAGUUCGUCGCGGCAGCCGCAGACGGAGUGCCCGCUUGCUGCAGUGGCGGAGCACUUGCUGCUGGUGGGGGAGCAGCAGCAGCAGCAGCUGCUGCAUGCGCUGAAGAGCAGCAAACUGCCGCUUUCGGAAGCCCUAGACGCCAAUGUGCUUUCCUUCUAUCCCUCUUCUUGGGGAGAUGUUGCAGAGCCUGCUGCUUUCGUGCUGCAGCUGGCGAGCGAGGGGCGGUUUGCUGCAGUCAGCCAGCUCAGCAGCAAAUAUGCUGCUGAGCUGGAAGCAAUUAUUAAUUCUCUCCGAACUAUUAUUCUGUGGCCGCCCCUCGUGUGCACUCCCGCGGUCUUCGGUGCUGCUGCUGUGCUCAUUUUGCUGCUCUUCGCCACCCUCAUUGCCAUCAAGUCCAAGAACAUCCUGGACGCGUUUUCGGCGUGCCAGUCCGCAGUGUUUUCUUCGGGAAAAAGCAUCGAGACAAAAAUGAAAGACUUGUCGGAAUAUUUUGUUUGCUUCUUGGAGUUGCUGCUGCUGCAGCGGCUGCAGGCUGUCGAGGGUUUUGCUGCGCUGCUGCUCAGCAGCAGCAAACUCACUCCCUACCACCUCAAGCUUCUCAAACUCGAAGAGAAAGCCAUCGUCGAUAUCAUCGCCACUGCAGUCAACCUCCUCGUCUACAUCGAAACCGAGGUUUUGGGACCCCAGGCGAGGGACGAAGAAGACGCAGCGCUGGACCCGCGCGCAGUUGUAGAAAACUGCAUAGAUUUAUUUCGGCCAAAAGCAGCAGCAAAUAAAACCCCCAUAACUUGCACCUUUGCAAAUGGAUUUCCCUCCACGGCUUUUAUUCGCAGAGACAAGCUCGCCACCACCCUCACCCGCACUCUGGCCUACGUCUUGGACCACUCCGUGGAAAAGGGAGCGGGAGUUGAUAUUUAUGUAAAUGCAAAUGUUUCAAAUCAAAGAAAAGAAAGAAAUGAAAACUCAAACUCUGCUGCUUUCCAGCUUUACGACAUUCGCUUCGAGGUGAAGGGCCACGGAGUUUGCAUGGAGAACACAAAGGCGCAAAUGAUGGUGCAGACGAAGGGCCUGAUCGACAGGCGGGUUCCCCCAGUGGUCGUUGUCCUAGGCCGCAUAGCGCAGUCGCUGGGAGGGUUUAUGGAAAUCCAAGCUUCUCCUUCUCGAGGGACUUUUAUUUCUUUUAUUUUUCGAAGAAGAGGGAGGUUUUCAUUAGAAGACAUUGACGGGAGGUUUGCAUCUCUCAAGGGUUUAGGGUCUCAGAUCUUCACUCUUUCUUUGCCCCUCGAGACCAAACAGUUCUUCACCUUCCUCGCCAAAGACAUCGGAGUCAAGUGCACCAACUGCUUCUGCCUCCGCCAGCUCAUUCAGGAGCUCAAGGAGGACGACCCGGAGUGCCCCACUUUGGCGGUGUUUUUGGGGGACUUCGUGAAAAGCAGCGCAAACCCUUCGGACAGAGACUCGCGGCCAAUGACUCCGAAAGAAAUCUUCAACAAGUUGCUGCUGCAUGCAGCAGAAGGCAACAAAGAAGUGAAGUUUAGCUUCGUGUCUGCGCGCCAUUUGCUGCAGCAGCAGCAGCAGCAGCAGCAGGACGACUGCAGCAGCCUCCUCAACAGACCCGCACAACACGCCCGAAGCGCCAGGGCCAGCACUCUCGCUCAAAACGUCGUCUACAGAGAACUGGAGCUUCCGCUCAAGACGAGCGAUGUCAUGGACGUCAUCAUUUUGGCCAUGCAGGAGAGAAUGCAGCAAAGGGAAGAAAGAGCGCGGGCGAAGAGCAAGUUGAAAGUGUCGUACAUGGUGGACGUGCGAAAGGACUCGAACGAGUCCUCGUCGGUGUAUUCGGAGGACGAGCACCAGCAGCAGCAGCAGCAGCAGCAGCAGCAGCAGCAGCAGCAGCAGCAGGAGCGGCUGCGCAGCUCCUCCUUCACCCGCCCCUCCGGCAGCAGAAGCCGCAGCACUGCAGCAAGUAAUUUGGAGAGCAGCAGAUCGAGAGGCUCGCGAGCAGCUGCGACUUUUUCGCAAACCUCCGUCAAACUCGACUCCGUCAGCAACGACGCAAUUGAAAGGUUUGGGGUAAGGGUUAAGCGCUAG